UGGUUUUACACUUUAGGUCAAAUAAAGGUUAGAAUAUAUUUCAGAAUAUAUUCUAUAAUAUUCACGUUGUUUUGUAAAGCUGAUUAUUUUACACAAUAAAUGUAUUUAUUUCAAUAAAUACGGAGGAGCAACGGCUUCUAACGGGAUUUCCUACAUUUGACUGAGCCAGUGAAGGCAGCGCGGAGCGUCAGCUGCGUCAGUGUGCUCCAACAUGGCGGCCCCCGGGAGAUGUGGCUUCUUCCUGGAGAAGAAGAAACGGUUCUGUAAGAUGAUCGUCGCGAGAGGAAAAGUGUUCUGUGGAGAGCACGCGGCCAUGGAGGAGGGAAGCAGCAGGAUUCCGUGUCCUCUGGACCCCAAACACACUGUGAGUGAAGACAAACUGGAGCAACACCUGAAGAAAUGUAACUCCAGAGAGAAAGCAAAGCCUGUUUAUUAUGUGGAGAACAUAAACUCUGGAUCAGCUGAUGGAGAGACUCUCCAACAGGUGAGUCUGUCUGAGCGGAGCCGGGCUGAGUUGCAUUCUCUGUUGGACAAACUGAAUACAGCCGUCACAGGACUGCAGUGGGACGUGGACAACAGCGUUCUGUCUCACCCUAUCCUUCAGGAGGAACUUAACAACCCAAAGAACGGAGACUCCGCCCACAAACACCUGAAGCAGCAGUCCUCUCUCUUAGGUCACCUGGAGGCGCUGGGGCUGCUGGGAAGGGGGCGGUGCUUCGUGGAGUUCGGAGCAGGUCGUGGGAAACUAUCUCACUGGAUCCACGAAGCCCUGAAGACCAGAGACCAUGUGAAGACCUGUAAGGACCUGCAGCUUCUGCUGGUGGAGCGCUGCAGCACCCGCUUCAAGGUGGAUGGGAAACAUCAGGAUACUGGAGUUGAGUUUGAAAGGCUGCAGGUCGACAUUCAGCAUCUGGAUUUAAGUAAAGUGCAGCUGCUCACACAGAAGAAGCUUCCGCUGGUUGGAGUUGGAAAACACCUGUGUGGAGCAGCGACAGAUCUCGCUCUGCGCUGUCUGUUGGAAACACCAGGACUCAGAAAGGAGGUCCAGCCACCACGAAAACGCCUCAAAACUCCAGAAUCUAGUCCUGGUCCAGACUCUGGUCCCGGUCCGGUGCUGGGCCUGGCGGUGGCGCUGUGCUGCCACCAUCGCUGCGAGUGGCGUCACUAUGUCGGGCAGCAGUUCUUCCUGCAGAAAGGGCUUGGAGCGGCAGAGUUCUCAGCUUUCUGUCGGAUGUCCAGCUGGGCCACGUGUGGACCGGCCAAUCGGGGCCCUGCAUCUCGGGCCGGGACCAAUCAGGGAAGAGACGAUGAAGAGCACGAACCGGCGGAGAAGACGGACGCAGUCAGCGGCUUCCUGUCGUUGGAGGAGCGCGAGCAGCUCGGUCGUCUCUGCAAACGGCUGAUUGAUGGCGGCAGACUUCACUUCCUGGAGACCAACGGAUUCCUCAGCAAGUUGACGUGUUACGUAGACCGAGAGGUGACCCUGGAGAACGUGCUGCUGACCGCCGUGCCCUCAAACUAACCACAGAGACACAAACUACACACAGAGAGACAAACUACACACAGAGAGACACAAACUACACACAGAGAGACACAAACUACACACAGAGAGACACAAACUACACACAGAGAGACAAACUACACACACAGAGACACAAACUACACACAGAGAGACAAACUACACACAGAGAGACACAAACUACACACAGAGACACAAACUACACACAGAGAGACACAAACUACACACAGAGACAAACUACACACAGAGAGACAAACUACACACAGAGACACAAACUACACACAGAGAGACAAACUACACACAGAGACAAACUACACACAGAGAGACAAACUACACACAGAGACACAAACUACACACAGAGAGACAAACUACACACACAGAGUCACAAACUACACACAGAGAGACACAAACUACACACAGAGAGACACAAACUACACACAGAGAGACACAAACUACACACAGAGACACAAACUACACACAGAGAGACACAAACUACACACAGAGACACAAACUACACAC